UCCUAGUUUUUAAUGCCCCCAGUAAUUUCAUACAAGAAGCAUACUAUUAUUUUUUUUAAAAAAAAUCCUGGCCCUCCAGAAACGCUGAAUGCUGGACAAAAUGAAUACUUCAGCCCUCUUUUUUGUCUGUUGUGGUCCGGUUUAUGGCUUUACUACUGCCUCUGAUUACUUUGCUUUGUUGAACAGAGGAAAAAGAUAAUAAACUCUUUUGGCAUCCGGGUUCCUGUUGGAGCGGAGGGGUGAUUACAGGAGGAGGGAUUUGCUCCCAUUCUUUCUCAGCCCACCAACUAGAGAUACUUCAUCCCAACGGGGAAUGUUCAAAGUACUGAUUUGUUGGAAGCAAAUGUAAAGAUAUCCAUUCGGAGGUGGGUCUGGUUUCCGUUUAUGGACCAUUCCACGCACACUCUCCCUUUAAUGCAGCUAAACAAAAGCCCCUAAGAUGUCCAUGGAAAUCAGGCCCAGGUUUCCUAGCCCUAAUUGAAUUUUUAAAGAGCAGACCAAUGGCAUGAUGAAGGAACCUUGCUUCGUUUACAGAUCAGCAGGUAUAUUUUACAUUUAAGGGACAAUUUAUGGCCCUGGAUUCAAAUUAAAAUGAGAUUAGCUGUCUUCAUUUCAAUUAGUGUGUCGGGGUAAAUCCACCAGAGGAGUGGAAUAUAGUCCACUCUCUAAUCUAACUAAAUAUUUCAAGGGGAAGUUUUCUAAUCAGCUACAGAUAUCUGAAGCCAUAAAUUCUGCCCCUCCCCCCUUUUUAUUUUUGCAAAUGUAAACAUGAGGUGCUCUUUUUAACCCACACCACUCCCUAGAGAAAGGGAAGGUAGUGAAAGACUGGGGGUGCUGCCAACUUAAACAGGACCCUAACAAUGACAAGCUCUUCUUCCUUUUUUCUUAAAGCAAAGCAUAUAUUGGGUUAAAUUAUGUUAAAUGAAAUGAAAAGAUGUAAAGCUGAGCUCUGAAUUUGGGGGCAAGAAGGAAUGAAAGAAGGAGCUUGCAAAGUUCCUCACAUUCCAAAGUCCAAGAAUGCUCUCCAAGAAACGUCUCUAUCCAACUGUCACUUCUUUCCCUGCCUGUCUUUUCAAGAUUGUUUUUUAGAAAACACAAGCAUUUGAUUCCACGUUUAUUGACUGACAGUAAAUUAGUGGAGGGAAAGAGAAUUUAUGGUUUAAUAUUUUAUGCACACUUAAGAUUUAUGGCUAUAAUUUCUGUGCUAUUUGGUUGUUAGAGAUAUUAAGCAAGCAUUUUGAAAAGAAUAAAUAUCCUGAUUCCUGCUCUCGGUGACUCUUUUCCUUUCCUGUCCCUUUUAAUUAAUAUUUUUAAGGCAAGGCUUUCCUGAACUAUGAUUUUCUUUUCUUUUCUUUCCUUUUUCUUUCCUUCUUUGCCCCUCCUUCUGCAAUCCUUCCCCCCCUUCCCCCCUUCAUAUUUACUCUUUUCCCCCUCUUCUUCUAAACCAUCUUUAUAUUUAGAAUUUCGAGACUUACUUUCAAUGCAUACUUAGUUUCAACUGGGGAAUCAACACAAGCAAAAGCCAUUUUUCCGUGUCUUGACAUCUAGCUUUCUAUUGGCUCACCGCGGGUCAGCUGACUUUGUCAUUUUGUCUGUCCUGGAGUGGAGCCGUCCCUAUAACAAUCUAGUUCAGACUACAUACUGGAGACAGAAAUAAAUAUUAAAGAAAUCAUACAAGCCAGGUACAGGGGGGACGAUAUGAAUUCCUAUUUCACAAACCCGUCGCUCUCUUGCCACCUCACCAGUGGUCAAGAGGUCCUGCCCAGCGUGCCGCUCAAUUCCACUGCCUAUGACCCUGUAAGGCAUUUUUCAACUUAUGGAGCAGCGGUUGCUCAAAACAGGAUCUAUUCAUCUCCUUUUUAUUCACCGCAAGAUAAUGUUGUGUUUAGCUCCAGUCGGGGACCAUAUGAUUACGGAUCGAAUGCCUUUUAUCAAGAAAAAGACAUGCUCUCUAGCUGCAGGCAAAAUUCUAUGGGACACAAUACACAAACUUCUAUUGCACAGGAUUUUGCAAGUGACCAAAACAGGAGCACGUCCCAGGAACAGAAAGCUAGCAUUCAAAUAUACCCGUGGAUGCAGCGCAUGAACUCCCACAGUGUUUAUUUGGUUCCCGAAUACUUAGGAGUCGGCUACGGAGCAGAUCGGAGGAGGGGGCGUCAGAUCUACUCGCGCUACCAGACGCUGGAACUGGAGAAGGAGUUCCAUUUUAACCGCUACUUGACGCGGCGGCGGCGGAUUGAGAUCGCCAACGCGCUGUGCCUAACUGAACGCCAGAUCAAGAUCUGGUUCCAGAACAGGAGGAUGAAAUGGAAAAAGGAGAGCAAUCUGAGUUCCACCCUAACUGGGGGAGGUGGCGCUGGAGCAGCUGCCGAGAGCUUGGGUGCGAAGGAGGAGAAAAGAGAGGAGACACAGGACGAAAAGCCGAAGGAAUGAACGGGACGGCUCCGCCAGCAAUUUCCUUCCCCUCCCCACGAGUCUCACCCACGAGCACACCACACAGAAGGUCCUCUUUCUUUCCUCCCACCACCCGACUUUCUCUUGCCUUCCUUUCCAUUCUCAUUUCCGCAGGCACAAUUGCUGCAUUGGGUUAAAUUAAAAAAAAAAUGGGGGUGGGGGAGAGAAUGAGAGAGAGAAAUCGCCUUCCUCCACCUUCAGUCGCCAGCGCCCAAGUCCCAGACCCCUGGCUCCCAAGCCUCCUUUACUUUCCCCUUUAGAAGCGCCUAUCCCCGGCCUCCUUGCCCGGUGACCCAGCUUUGCCUAAAGUCCACACACACACGCGCACACACGCACGCACGCACACUCCCCUGCCAUUCCUUCCUCGCCCUCCCUAGACAGAACCUUGCUUGCAAAAGGAGAAGGACUGCCUUCGGGUAGUGCUAGGUUCAACCAGGUCCAAAGGAACUCUGGGCAGUUUCACUUUCCUAAUAACGAGGAAGGAGCUGCUGCUGGUGGCGAUGAGGGUCGCGGAAAAGAAGCUGGAUUUAAAAAAGAAAACAUCACACAGUUCACGGACUCGCCUAGCCCUAUGAAAAUAAUUUCCCUCAACACAUCCAUCUCGAAGCUACGUCCACCUAAAUAUAGCGCGUUCUUUCCAGAGUAAACUCAUUGUAUUGAAAACACUACCUGGGGUCAUGAUGCGUACGACAAACUGUGACAGUUCCUGUGUGAAUAUUUUUAGCUGUAUUUGUGGUCUCUGUAUUUAUAUUUAUGUUUAGCACUGUAAUGGUCAAACAGUAAAGUGAAUGGCAUUCUAUAGCGAGUAGGAGAAAAGAAAGCCUUGUGUUACGCUUCCUAGCAUCAUGUAUAAAAAAAGAGUCAUGUCCAAAGGACUAUGGUUGAGUAUUUAAUAAAAACUGGAUAUUAUUUUUAAAAAUUA